ACUACACACAGCCUGCCAGCUAACCAGCGGGCAUUCACACCCGCCCUCGUGUGCCGAAGGCCACGCGGCGGGCAUUUUGGCUCGAGCACCAUUGUGCGCACGAUCCCUCCUCGCCUACGGCCAUGGCAGCCCAUAGGAUUCCUCCCCAGCUCCGGCCGGCCACGUAGGACUCCUUCCCAGGCGCAGGACCUCCCUCCCCAGGUGCCUGACGGGCUGGGCGCCCGUCAGCACUGCUUGUCCGACCAAGCUGGGUGCUGAAGGAGGGGCCCCACCUAAGGUGGAUGGCACUGCCCGCGAUCAAGUUGCCCGUCUGCUCGCGUGCCGCCCUGCACGAUGAGCUCCAGCGCGGUGCGGAGCCGGCGCCGCCCUUGGCCGCCGCGCCCGUCCGGCUGCCGUUUGCCCAGAGGGGGGAGGCCGAGCCCGAGGCGCGGCCACCGCCGGCUUCCAUUCUCCUGCCGGUCUCGUCCCGCGGUGGCCGUGCCGGGGACGGUGGCUCCGCCGGGAAGGGGCCCGCCAGCGCACGCAGAGGUCAGGUCGAGAAGAUGAGGGAGGAGGUCAGGGCCGUCAGGGAUCGGACGAUGACGCCCCGGGAGCAGGCUUCAGAAGCACUUCGCAGCGUCUACGCGUCUCUAGGGCUUAGGGAGGGCUGCGCGGAACUCGGCAAGGCCUCCCUCCACUGGGAGGAGGAAUGUCCGCCUUCUCAGCAGUUGCCGCUGCCACGAAGGAAGGAGAGGACGUUGAGCAUGGGCAGUUCCUCUGAGCCUCUGAGCAGCUCCUCCCGCGCGCUCGCCAUUCACAAGAGGCGGUCCACCUCCAGGGGGCACAACGCGAGUCGCUUCGUGCGAGAGCACGGGACGGAGAGGUCCGUGCAUGACAUUUACGAAUUCGGCAGGGCGCUGGGCGAGGGAGCAUGGGGCACCACGUGGGAGGCAUGGCCGAGGCCACUGAAGGGCAUGACGGACUCGCUGCGCACGCAGGGCACGCGGGCCAUCAAGCAGCUACCGAAGCACCGCUUCUCCGAGGAGGAGCGCAAGGUCUUCUUGCAGGAGGCGCACUGCCUGAAGGAGCUGGACCAUCCUCACAUCUGCAAGCUCCACGAGGUCUUCGAGGACGCGAAGGCCCUGUACCUGGUGAUGGAUCUCUGCGAGGGGGGUGAGCUUUUCGACCGCAUCGUGGAGGACCAGCUGACCGGAGAGGUCGGGAUGGCGGAGAUCGUGCGGCAGAUUGCCAGCGCUUUGCGCUACUGCCACGAGACCCACGGAGUGGUUCACCGAGACAUAAAGCCUGAGAACAUACUUUUCUUCUCCAGGCGCCAGGACGCCCCUGUGAAGCUGAUCGACUUUGGCCUCGCCCGCCACUUCAAGGGAGUGGUCAGUCCAGGCGGCCAGGCAGGCACAGCGGCCUAUGAGGCCCCCGAGGUGCUCGCUGGCAAGGCGUACGAUGAGAAGUGCGAUUUGUGGUCGUUGGGAACAUUGCUGUACGUCAUGCUCUGCGGCUACAUGCCCUUUCAAUCGGUUGAUCACGCCAUUGAGGGCGAGUAUUCUUUCGACACCGACGACUGGGACGCGGUCUCGGACGCGGCCAAGGACCUGAUCAGCCAGCUGCUGGUUGUGGACCCCGAGAUGCGCAUGUCGGCGGCGGAGGCUUUGGAGCACCCUUGGCUCCAGACCGCACCUGAGACCUCAUCGGUGCAGCAUCGCGUGCUGGCGCGGCUGAAGAAUUUCCAGCAAAUUUCAGCAUUCCGGAAGAUCUUGCUCGUGGUUCUCGCCCGCCAGCUGUCCGCAAAUGAUUUGCCCGACAUGUACGAGGCCUUCAAGGCUUUGGACAGGGACGGCGACGGCAUGGUGUCGCACAAGGAGUUGCGCAACAUAUUAUCGACGAAGAUGGGGACAGACGAACUGGAGCAGGUGCUGGAUGCCAUGGACGUGGAUGGAAGCGGGCAGAUGGACGGACAGCGAGUUCCUCGCAACGGCGUUCGACCGCAAGCUCCUCUUCCGGGAUGACCUGAUCCUGCAGGUCUUCCGCGCGCUCGGCCGUGACGAAAGUGGCACCGUGGGCAUUCAGGAUGGGAGGCUGCACGCCCUGCUGGACGACGUGCAGACCAGCAGGAGCCCCAGCUCCCGCGGCGUCUCCGAGGCCCUGCGGGAGGAGGCGCGGGAGCUCCUGGACCAGUACGACCGGGACGGCAACGGCAAGCUCGACUUUCACGAGUUCGCGCGCCUGCUGACGCGGGAGACUUGCGCAGACUACAUCAGGCCCACCGCCAGAACGCCGAGCCCACGCCCACCGCUUCGGGAUCGUGCCCCAAGGCCUCGAGCCUCGGGGUGCGGUGGGGAUGUAUGGAUAUCUGCCCGCCCGCGAGGGCGGGGAAGCAUCCACAUCCACCGCUCUCUGGGGACCUGAGGCAGGCCUCCAGAAGCUGUGGGCGUGAACCCCCCUGGCCGUGCAUCAGGAGCACGAGCACGAGGGACAUGAACUCGUGGAAGGGCCAGCAGGGACUCAACUCGUGGAGCCCUGGAGAUCUUAACCAGCAGGCGAGCCGAAGGAGUCAAAGACUCACGGCUGCCGACGCCAUGCCCCCGCGCCUGAUGCCGCCCUGACAUGGGGAACACGGUGAGGGAGGGGCGGCCCAGCCUCGAGACGUGGAGCGUGGGUCAGAUCCGCCUGCCGAGCCUUUGGCUCCUCCUCCCUCUUCCUGCUUCGCCUCCUCUUCCGGCAUUCCUGUU